GCUGACGUGAUGGAGUUGCUGGGUAGACAAAUUGAAAACGACGUAGUUCCAAGUCAGCACAGAGCUUGAGGACUGCAGACGAACACUGAUUCAUUUGUUUAUACUAAAUCAUUUUUUGCUGUUGCAACAUCUAUUCACUGUUGUCGGAUAUGGCAGCUGACUGCGAGGCCUGGCUCAACUCGAACCCCGUCGAGGUUGACAAUGUGAGUGACUCCUUUGAAUCUGAAGACGAAAAGAACACUGGCACACUUGUCGCCAACAAGAACAUCAGCAACGAGGUCAAUGGCAACUGGUUGUUGUCGUCGAGCAGCAGCAUCCACGAGGCGCGUCUCAAAGCCAAAGCUAAGCGGAGGCUCAGGAAGAACUCGUCCAGGGAUUCUGGCAGGGGGGACUCCCUUAGUGAUAAUGGUGAUUUGGUCAGGGGAACAGCGGUGGCCCCCACCAGCCCUAAAAGUAAGCUGCUGGACAGGAAGUCCAGACUGGGCAAAGGCAGAGGUCUGCCAAAGAAAGGUGGGGCUGGAGGCAAAGGUGUGUGGGGCAGAUCCGGUGAAGUGUAUGAACCAGAGCAAGUAGACGAGAAAGACCCAAACUAUGACGAAGCUCAGGAAAACUGUGUGUAUGAGACUGUGGUCCCUCCGCUGGAUGAGAGGGACUUUGAGAAGACGGUCACCCCCAUCGUGCAGGAGUACUUUGAACACGGAGACACAAAUGAAGUUGCGGAACUGCUGGCAGAUCUAAACCUGGGGCCCAUGAGAAGCGAGGUGCCCUCGCUGGCUGUGUCGUUAGCACUGGAGGCUAAGGCCAGCCAGCGGGAGCUGACCUCCAAGCUGCUGGCUGAUCUCUGUGGACCCGUCUUAUUCCGCAGUGAUAUGGAGAAGUCCUUUGACAAACUCUUACAAGAGCUCCCAGAUCUGGUGCUGGACACACCUGGAGCCCCGCAGCUCAUGGGCCAGUUCAUCGCACGAGCUGUUCGUGACCAAAUCUUGUCAAAGAGCUACAUUGAGAGCUAUAAAGGCAGAGUUGGCUGUGAAUACACAAGGGCGGCCCUCGACCGGGCGGCUGUGCUUUUGAAGAUGAGUAAGGGUGGCGUUCGCAUCGACAACCAAUGGGGCAUAGGUGGGGGCCAGAGACCUGUCACACAGCUUGUCAAAGAGAUGAACCUCCUGCUAAAGGAAUACAUCCUAUCUGGAGACAGCAAGGAGGCUGAGAGGUGUCUGAAAGAUUUGGAGGUUCCUCAUUUUCAUCAUGAGUUUGUCUAUGAGGCUCUAGUAAUGGUAUUGGAGUCCAAGGGAGAGAAGACAUUCAAAAUGCUUCUGCAGCUUCUUAAGUUGCUCUCUGUGUCCUCCAUUAUCACUGUGGACCAAAUGAGAAGGGGCUAUGAAAGAGUUUAUAUGGAUAUAGCUGAAAUUAACAUAGAUGUUCCCCGUGCGUACUUCAUCCUUGAGCAGUUUGUUGAAAAGAGCUUUAACAUGGGAAUCAUUGAUGUAAAGUUACGAGACCUUUGUCCCUGGGCCGCAAGAGAUUUGUCAGCGAGGGAGACGGGGGUGUCAUCAAAACUGAAAGCUAAGAAGUGGUUUUAAAGCUCCAAUACUUUUUUACUUGCAUAUUUUUCCAAACUAGGAGCAAAAAAAAAAAAAACACACUUUUGAAA